AUGGUCAAUCUCGGAGGAGCUUCAUCAAACGCGAUCGUACGAUCAUCUGGAGACUACCAGCAGCAUUAUGGUUAUGGUAAUAAUAUUACUCAUCCCUAUUUUGUUUCUAAGGUGAGAGUACCGGUGGUUGCUGUGAAGAAAGACCGGCACAGCAAGAUCUUCACUUCUCAGGGCUUGAGGGAUCGGAGGGUAAGACUCUCCAUCAAUGUUGCCCGUGAGUUCUUCGAUCUCCAAGACUUGCUAGGGUUUGACAAAGCCAGCAAAACCUUAGAGUGGCUGCUCAGCAAUUCCAGAAAUGCCAUCAAAGACCUAGAAAAGAGCAAGUGCAAUAACAGUACUAGUAUAUCAUCUUCUAGUACGUCGGACUGUGAUGAUGUUUUGGACAUAAACAACGAGGCGUCCGAUGACAAGAGGAGGAAGAUGAAGGAGGCUGCUGCUAUAAUGGCCAGAGCAUCGCGGGCAAAGGCUAGAGCAAGAGCAAGAGAAAGAACAAGAGAGAAGAUGUGCGGUACUAGUACGAGGAGCCAUCAGAUCUGUAGCCAGUUGAGCUUGUUCAAUGAGCUUGAACCUGCAGAUAUGAAUAAAGAACCGGGUAGUACCCUCCUAUCUAAUUGUCAAGCUGAAUAUCAUGAAUCUGUUGCGCUCAAAAGAAAGCUGAAGGCGCCGUCAGUUUCCAAUUAUCACGAUCGAAGCCUUCAAUUGAACCCCAAAAGCACGGAACCUAGUUCAAAUUGCGGCAGCCACAUUAAUAUCCAAUUUCCGAAUGCAAUAUCUCAAAAUUAUUGGGACAUCAGCGGCAGUGUCUUCACAUGCCCUAGCAUUUGUGCCAUUACCACCAACAUGAAUCUUAAUUCUACGGGUAUAGAGUGUCAAAGACACACUUCGCCUUUUUUCCCCCCUUCUUUUGACAUAAACUAUGCACAAUCUAGACAUAUAUUUUAAUAUUUCUG